GAUGAUUUCUGUAGGAAAGACAUGGCAAGUUUAUCAAAAGGAGAUAUGUUGAAGAAUUUCAUGCAGGCCAUCUUGGGAUUUACUUUUGGUUUGAACAUUGCUUAUGGAUUAGGGAUUAAAUAUACAUCAGCAACCAUGGGAGCUGCAGCCUAUAAUUGUGUCCCUGUCACCACAUUCUUCUUGGCUCUUAUUUCAAGGAUGGAGAAAGUAAAUUUAAAGAAAGCAAGUGGAAUAGCCAAGGUUGGAGGCUCAAUAUUGUGCAUUGCUGGUGUUGCCGUUCUUGCUUUUUACAAAGGCCCUCAUUUUAAUACACUCUUCAAAUUUCACCUUUUUCAAACUGAUCAUCAACAAUCUCAUGUUUCUUCCAAGAAAGAAUGGAUUCUUGGCUGUUUCUUGCUCUUCCUUACUUGCCUUUCAUGGGGGUUGUGGUUUGUUCUUCAGGCUUGGGUUUUGAGAAGUUGUCCAUCUCCACUUGUGGUAACAUUUGGACAAACAUUUUUAAGUGCCAUUCAAUCAUUUUUUGUGGCUAUUGCAAUCGAAAGAAAUCCUUCUCAAUGGAAGUUGGCUUGGAACAUUUCCCUAGCUGCUAUACUUUAUUGCGGAAUUUUUGUAAUACCCAUUGGAACCUAUUUGUCAAGUUGGGUGAUAAAAAAGAAAGGUCCAGUUUUCCAAGCUGUUACUACACCUUUUAAUCUUAUUUUCACACUCAUUGGUUCAGAAUUUUUUUUUAGUGAUGGAAUUAGUUUGGGCAGCAUAACUGGUGCUGUAUUACUGGUCUUGAGCCUUUAUAGUGUUAUGUGGGGAAAAAAGAAGGAAGCGAGCCGUCUUGAUACAGAAAACACCACGAAUUCUGUUUCGGAUCAUGCGUAAAUGUUGGUGUUCUUGCUUAGAUGAUCUUUUAUUAUGAAAACAUGUUAUCCUAUUGUUUUUUCUUCAUAAUUUUUCUUAUAUAUUUUUUUUGUUCGUAGAAGCUUCAUCAAACUCGUUUUAACAUUUGAUGUAAUGUAGAAGUUAAAGUUAAUUUUAACUGAUUUGUGUUUAAA